GCAUCGAAUCAUCAUCGAUUAGUGUCCACGGAACGAAAGACGGCACAUCCAACAUGGCGGGUAAGUGAUUCACAUCGCGUACGACAAGCUGCCGUGCAAAUCCACCGAAAUCCCGUAAUUCCGUCGCUAAUCCGUUCCUUUUUGCCCGCAGAACUGUUCGCCAAGUACACCUGCACGAACUGCCAAGAAGACAUUCCGGGAAUCCGGGUCCACUGCGUCGUUUGCACCGAUUUCGAGCUGUGUCUGGCGUGCUUCGCAGCUGGCGCAGAAAUUGGACAGCAUCGAAAUGACCACUCGUACCAAUUCAUGGACUCGGGCAUUCUGUCCAUCUAUCGCGGCAAGGGAGGAUGGUCUGCUAGGGAAGAGUUGCAUCUGUUGGAUGCCAUCGAGCAGUACGGAUUCGGCAACUGGGAGGACAUCAGCAAGCACAUAGAAACCCGCACCCCGGAGGAAGCCAAGGAUGAGUACGUGUCGAAAUUCCUUAACGGAACCGUUGGACGUCACACUUGGUCUACGGCCAUCGAUCAGCGCCCUCAGUUGACGGAUCACACAUCGGACGAUACGGGACCUCUGGGGCAGCUGCUCGUUCAAAAACUCCCGCCAAUGGAUUGUAGCCACGAAGAGGCAGUUGCCCUUGGCUAUAUGCCCAACCGGGACGAUUUCGAGCGUGAAUACGACCCCACGGCUGAGCAGUUGGUGUCUACACUGUCCCUAUCACCGGACGAUGAAGAUGUCGACAUGCUACUCAAACUGGCCCAGGUUGACAUCUACACGAGAAGACUGCGCGAGCGCGCCCGGCGGAAACGGGUCGUCCGGGACUACCAACUGAUAGCCAAUUUCUUCCGGGGCAAUGCCAAGCGGGCCCAUAUGAGCCGUGAUCAGCGCGAGUUCCGCGAAAGGCUGCGCACCUUUUCGCAGUUCUACACGUCGAAGGAAUUCGAGCAUUUGAUCGGCUCCUUGGUACGGGAACGAUCGCUGCGCAUCCGAUUGUCCGAGUUGAAUCGAUACCGCUGGAACGGACUUCAACGGAUGGACGAGUGCGUUCACUUUGAGCAGCAUGCCGCGGCCGCCCAGCACCGCAAUACGGGUCCCUACGGGCAUGGCCGAACGGACAACCGAAGCAAAGGCGGCUCAUGCGAGACAAGCAAGGGAUCCUCGGCGUUGUCCAGCUCCCAGAUAAAAAGAAGCGAAAACGACGCCCGAAGCUUAAGUUCCAUCGGCCAAAAGCUCACGCACCACACCGACGACCGGGUCUUCUCCGACGGCUCAUUCAGCAGCAGAAACUUCUCGGAUAGCUCACGGGGAACGGAUCCAUCGAGGCACCCCUCGCAUCAGGAUCCGGCCGCGCAGCAACAGCCCGGCGUACAGCUACUCACGUCAAACGAGCUGCAACUGUGCAACUCCCUCAACCUGCCGGUCACCCGGUACCUUAGUCUCAAAACGGUACUGCUUGGCCGGCCGGCGUUGGAUCACGGAAUCAGCUCCGUGGCCGAGAGCAUGGUUAAAAAGUAUCUCAUCAAGUCGGGUUGGCUGCAAACGAGUCCUCAGAACUGAGGACCCCCACUCUUCCGAGUAAUGCUAGGCUUAGGAAACAAAUUAUUGGCGUUGAUCUCACAUCUCUGAAAGCGAACAUUGGUGAGGCUGGCUCCGCGCCGGCCGAUUGGUCAUACUCAUGCACGAUAGAUGGCACACAUAUUUCCAAUAUGUAUUUAACAUAUGAUGGUUACUGACGAAAAACAAGAAAAUCCGUACGGUAGUAGAUAGCUUGAUACUGCCUGCUCUAACGUAAUAUUCAAAUUCAACUAGAGAUCAAAUCAUACUUGUUAUAGGAACCGUAAUUGUAGACACUAUCUUAUCAAUUCACAGUUUCGUCACUUGUAAUGAGUGUACCUACUGUCGUUUUCUCCGACACAAGUCGUAGAUUCUCCUAUGCAAGUGGGUGUGCUUGAUUGUGACAAAGUUUAAAGUUAGUCUGUAAAUAGUUCAAUAAAUUUUAUUCACUUACAAA